AUGGCAGCAAGCUCUUCGCAUGGAACGCACCAUGGUCAUCGUGCGUUCUCCCGCGCAGAAAGCACCACGACUCUUCUGGCAAAGACUUUUGCCACACAAGUCGAGGUAUCUCCGUCCAGAAGAGACAACACGAGCAGUUUCUCUCCUAACCCAGUCAGCAUCGCAGCUCCGUUCGUCAACCCCGUCUCCAUGAAUGUGGGCUUUACACCUCGUCUUCCACAAGCCAUCCUGCCCCAUCAACGAACGGCCGAGACGAACAUAUAUUACCUUCCUGACGCCGUCCCGGAAUACAACGGGAUCGCAUCAAACACUCAGCACUCGCGCUUCGGUGCUAGCCUAUCAGCUGUUGCUCGUGACGGUGUACUCGUCGAUGACCCCGUCUCACACCAACCAAGAACCCCCACAUUGACUUCGAGCGUCGAAACCCACGACGAUAUCGACUUAGACCAACUAUGCAGCUUCCUAUUGAGCCCAGACCUCGUCGUCACACCCGAGCUGGAGGAGCAGAUAGGCCGCGCACUCGACGAGGGGCCCUCCGAGGAAACUGGCCACGUCGAGACGCAGGCCGCGGAGCCUCAAGACACGGUUGGGUACGUGCCUGCUAGCCAGCCUGCUGCCGUGCUCCACUCACAAGCCGCGGUCAACAGCACGCCUGAAUGCACAGAUACAGCCACGCCGUUCAUCCCGUCUCACUUUGUUGUUCACGACGCCCCGGCCUCGAUCCAGACCGAGGGUCCAUCUCCUCAGUCAACCCAUGAACCGCCGGACCCUGACACAAAAAAGGUCACGCAGACGAAGAAAAAACGAGGGCCGCGAGGGAAGUACAACAAGCAGAGCCCAGGAUGGGAUUUGAGCGGAUAUAACGCCCAAAUUGCACCUCAACGGGCGAUCGACGUCAGACGCCUGCCAUUGACGAGUGCUAGCGGGGGCAAGAGGAGGGCUCUCGUUCGGGUUAAACGCAGGCUCUCGUUCGGGUUGAACGUCAUGAAGUCUUUCGGCCAACUUGAGGAGCGCGUAUCCGUUAGGCCCCAUUCUGUUGUUUUCUCGCUAGACAAAGACCUAGACGAAUUACUCGGACAGAAAGAGGGGGAACAAGUUCGGGACUGGACGUUUUCCCGCGUCGUAAUGAGCAACGGUAAUCAACAGUUCGUCUAA